AUGAACGCUGAACCCCCUUCCACCGUCGGUUCUCGAAGGGGAGUGCGGCUAACGCCAAUUCAAACAACCAACAGGAACUCGACGGUUCGUGUUAAGCCUCCCCUCCCAGAAGAGCUCGAUGGCGAUACAUCGGGAAAUCGCGUUCCACUGCGUCCUAAACCACACGGCUUCACCCUCCGGCGGUGGUUCGCAAGGGCAAAGCCUAGCCGUCAAUCUACCUCGAGCAGAGACUCUCCUACUCCUGCCACAGAAUCGCCCACCAUUUUCGGAAUUACCAGCCCAAUUUCAAGAAUAACACCAUCCCCCGUCCCCAGCGUAAAUGCCACCCCAAUUUCGGUUAAGUCUCCAAUUCAAAUCCCAGCUGCCAACUUUGAGAAUCAAUCAAAUGCCGAAGACACGGGUCCUAUGUCAACGUGGGAUCCCCCGCCUCUCUUUAUGGUUUACCCGCAGGCCGUAAAGCAUGCUACGCUCCCGUACCCUACGAUGUCCACUGAAGAUAUUUUGCGCCGCAAGGCGCGUCGAGACCUGAAAGCACGCAAUGAUAAAGACAAGGCUACGGACGCUGAUACUAGACCAGAUGGCCCAGGUCCUAAGGGUGUAACCAAGACAAAGAGUUGGAAGAAAGGCAAAAAAUCGCACACUAGGAGCCAAUCUAGCCAGUCGAGCGGCAUGAAAUGGACACAGAAAAUAUUCAUAUUGGUGACCGGCGGAUAUCUGCUACAGUAUAGUGUUGACGGUAAUUUUGAUCGACUCCCUGAGGCGGUGUUGGCCUUGGGUGGGGACUCAGUCGCAUUUGCCUGUGAUGCUAUCCCAGGAAAACACUGGGUUCUACAAAUAUCGCAGACACAAGAUGACAUCGAACCAAGCGUGGAGCCGAAGAAAACUAUACUCGGGCGGUUUCGACGGAAUAAUACCGAGCCUCAGAAACCAGCAAGCAGUUUCUUAUUGGUGCUGGAUAGUGCAGAAGAGCUGGCAUCUUGGCUUAUGUUCGUCCGGCGUGAAAUACAGGGUCUCGGAGGGAAGGACUAUUCCACAGAAACUCCUGGAUUCCAUCGGCUUCAACCCCCGCAGAUGACACACCAAAGUCACGAAGGCAUCCGGAAUAGCCUCGUAGACCAGGCCUUGUCAUCUCCAUCGAGCGCAAGGAAUAGCCAAAUAUCCGUCCCUGGACCACGUACGGAUGAUAUGACGAAACGAGAAAACCAAAAACCUGUGCAUCAAUCAAUCGAGAUACCCUCACCAUCAUCGCUGGCAAGUACACCGGAAUUAGAUAACCUUAGACGAGAGUCAAGGCUAUCAUAUGUUUCUAUCGGGACGCGGACUAUGCCGAGUUCUCAAUCCUCAUCAUCUUCUGUUACUACCAGAACCCCAGCUUCCAGAAGCCCUUGCUUGGAGUCGCCAAAAGCCGGCCGUGUCGCGAGCACCGAUUUAGGGAUUAGGAGCAGGUCUUUUGUUAGACCCUCUGUUAAACCAGAGGAGGUUAUCAACGAGACACCCUCUCCUCCACCCCGGUCUGAACAUCGCGUUACUUCACCUACACCAAACUUUAGCCAUCCAAUUCUCAACAAACGAAAUUCAGUUGCAUCUAGUCCCAAGACUACCUCUUUUCCGGUUGAUAACGGAAUAUGUCAGAGCCCUGUUUUACAAACCAUUCCUGCUACCGAGAUCAAUGGCAGCCCUAAGGUUGACGAGGGCGUCAAUUCCAAUCAAAGUCCACCUCCAAGGAGGAGGGAAACCAGUAUCACAGGAACAAGGACACUGUACACCUCGCCCACUCCUCCCUUCGUCCAUCCCCGAGCAUACUCCUCGAAUACGAAGGUAUUCGUCCUCCGAUAG